CCUGUGAUCACUGCCUGCGGGCUUUGGAGACGGCAGAGGAAAAUGCCCAGCGGCUGCUGGGGAAGAGCUCCCUGGUGCUGCCUCACCCAGAGCAGUGCAGCAUCCGGAAAGAUCUGCACCAGCAGUGUCCCCGGUGCCAGGUGACGUACUGCAGCGCUGAGUGCAGGCAGGCCGCUUUGGAGCAGUACCACCAGGUCCUCUGCCUUGGCCCGUCCCGUGAUGACCCCACGCACCCCCUCAACAAGCUACAAGAGGCAUGGAGAAACAUGCAUUAUCCACCAGAGACUUCCAGCAUCAUGCUGAUGGCCCGGAUGGUUGCCACCAUCAAACAGGCUAAAGACAAGGAGUGGUGGAUCAAAGUCUUCUCCCAGUUCUGCAAUAAGACAGCAAACGAAGAGGAGGAGAUUGUGCACAAGCUGCUGGGGGACAAAUUCAAGGGCCAGCUGGAGCUGCUGCGGUUGCUCUUCACCGAAGCCCUUUAUGAUGAACAUCUCAGCAGGUGGUUCACUCCAGAAGGCUUUCGAUCCCUCUUUGCUCUCGUUGGGACCAAUGGCCAAGGCAUAGGAACCAGCUCUCUGAGCCAGUGGGUCCACGCUUGUGACGCUCUGGAUCUCCCCAUGCUGCAGCGAGAGGAGCUGGACGCCUUCAUCGACCAACUCUACAAGGACAUUGAGAAGGAGUCAGGAGAGUUCCUCAACUGUGAGGGAUCGGGUCUCUACGUGCUCCAGAGCUGCUGUAAGUAA